UUUUGUGUGAUGUCAGGGAUGAGUAUGAGAACGAUCAAACGCCUUUUCUCGAGCUCUGCUUUUUACCGUUUUGCGAGCAGCCACAUGAGUAGAAGCAAUGAAAUAAAGAGAGUCUCGAUCGAAGGAAACAUUGCGGUCGGGAAGUCAACAUUUGCCAAGCUGCUACAGAACGCAGGACAGGACUGGGAAGUGAUCGCAGAGCCCGUCAGCAAAUGGCAAAAUGUGGACCAAACGACUCGGCAGACUGUGGAUGGUGCUCAGCAAUCAUCCAGUAACCUGUUAGAGAUGAUGUAUCAUGAUCCAAAGCGCUGGUCCUACACUUUCCAGACGUUCUCCUGCAUGAGUCGCAUGCGCACACAUCUGCAGCCCCUUGCUGCCAGAUUACUGCAGUCCACAGGCACGCCGGUACAGGUGUACGAGCGCUCUGUCUACAGUGACAGGUGA